GUUUUGUUCUGUCUCUCUCGAUCAUCUCCUCCUCGUCUUCUAAAGCAAUUGCGCGAACCUGAAUGCGCAUUAAAAUUGUGGGGAUAAAAAUGCUUAUGUACUAUGUUAGUACCACUCAACACGUCGGGUUUACGCAUGAUUAAAAAUUUGAAAGCUGUCUAAAAGUCGAUCGCUAAUAAUGGAGAAAAUAUUAAUCGACCCUCGGGACGGAUCUGUGGUAUCAUGUUUGUCUAACCUCCUUCAAAAAAGUGCCGAAGAAGCACUUGAUAGCGGUGAAACGUUCAAAGUUGGAUUAUCAGGGGGUUCUUUGGUGCAACUAUUGGCUCAGAGUUUACCCAGCAUCACAACUGACUGGACUAAAUGGUACUUUUUCUUCUGCGAUGAAAGAGUUGUCCCUUUUGACAGUAAUGAUUCAACUUAUGGAGAAUAUAGAGCAAAAUUAAUAGGAAAGAUACCAGUAACAGAGGAUCAAUUCAUAAAAAUUAAUGCAGAUUUAUCUGCUGAAGAAGCUGCAAAAGAUUAUAUUAAGAAGAUGUCCGUUUUCUUUCCUCCUGACCGUGUUCCAUGUUUCGAUGUACUUCUCUUGGGAUUGGGUCCUGAUGGACAUACAUGUUCACUGUUUCCUAACCAUAAGGUUUUAAAUGAAGCAAGCCUAUGGGUCUGUCCAAUUAAUGACUCUCCCAAGCCGCCUCCAUUUCGUAUUACGCUCACGCUCCCUGUAAUAAAUAAUGCUAAAAAAUGCAUAUUUGCCAUUACUGGAUCUAGCAAAGCUGAAGUUAUUAAGAAAAUCUUGCAAGAUAGAGAAAAUUUACCAGCUGCUCGUGUACAGCCACACAACGGAGAAUUGUAUUGGAUCCUAGACGAAGAUGCUGCAAAAUUUUUACAAACAGUCUAAAGAUAUUUCCCAAAAACCGUCUGUGACAUUCCGCACUGAUAUCAUGUUCUGAUGUUUAGCAUAUUCUUGGGCUUACUAUUUUGUAUACAUAUGUAUGUGCAUUUUACUUAAAAUAAUAUUUAAUAGAUAAGCGUAGUUUAGAAAAAGAAUUCUGACAAUUUUGUGCUGAAAUGUCGGUUUGACAUUGCAUAUUAUUUCAAAUAUAUUAGGUUGUUCUUUCGAGCAUUUAAGAAUAAUUUUCUGAUAUUUCAUUUUUUUUUCAUUUAUAUAUAUAUAUUUGUAUAUACUGAAUAGAGUUUUGAUACAACAAGAUGAAAUAUUUUACAUCACUUUACUAUUAGUUGCUACUGUGAAAAUGUGCAAUAUUACCCAACAAAACUAAUAAACGAACAUUACAAAUUCGUAUAAAAACUAA